AAAAACGGAAGCGUUCACUUGGUAACAGUCGGAGCCGGAUAAUUUAUCCCCGGGGCCCCGUUUGCACACCUGUCUCCGCUUAGCAAUAACGUUACUUAGCCGCUGAUAAGGCAUCCGUUCGCUAACUCGCUGCAGGUUGCAAGUGUCCGAAGUGAAAGCGUCCGACUGUCUACCCAUCUCCUCUGGAUCGUAUUGCACUCGACACGCAGCAUGGAAGAGAUCAAGACCGAGCCUGUGGAUUUUGUGAAGGAAUUCCAGGAAUAUCUGACCCAGCAGACUCAGCAUGUCAACAUGAUCUCAGGCUUCGUUUGCGGGGACAAAGAGCCAGGGGAGCCGUUUCAAGCCGUUGCCCCCAGGAGUGCGCAGAAUGGUCUGGACCCCCCGUCUGUGGAGGAUCCAGGUCCAGAUGUCCAGGUGGACGGCCUGGAGAGGACCUGCGAUGGGAAGUACAAGUGCAGCUACUGCAGCUACGCCAACAAGGGCAUGGCUCGAUUAAUAGAGCACAUCCGCAUCCACACAGGAGAGAAGCCUCAUCGCUGCCAGCUGUGCCCGUUUGCCUCGGCGUACGAGCGCCACUUGGAAGCCCACGUGCGCUCGCACACGGGUGAGAAACCGUACAAGUGUGACGUCUGCGCCUUCCGCUGCAGCGACCGCAGUAACCUGUCCCACCACCGCCGCCGCCGCCACAAGCUCCUCCCCACCAGGGCCGUCCGCUCUUCUUUCUCCAACAAAAGAAUGUUGAGCUCCCUGCAGAAGAGGACCGCCUCGUUGGGCUUCAGCAGGCGAAUGCUCAUCAACUUUAACCCUCCCGCCACGUCGAAGUCGGAUUGUCUGAAUGACCUGUCUCCCAAGAUCCACCACCAUCUGCACAGCGGCGAUCAAAAUAACCACGCAAAGGUGGAUGACAAUGACGGCCACAAAAGAGAUGCAAACUUUUUCACUUUUAUCAACCCACUGGACCAGCUGUCUACACUCGCCGGGCAGUUAGCCGACCUUCAUCCCGAGUCUCAGACCCCCGCAUCCCCGGACAGGGAGUCCUUAAAGGACGAGAAGCCCAUUCUCAUACAGCAGGUCUCUAGUGAACAUGCGUGUUCAAAUGGAAUGCAGACUUCACCGCCGAAAAAUGAAUCUCCCGCCUCAGGCCACGGGAGUUGCAGUCCUGCUCCCGGCCUCGGCUUUGAGGACGGCUUGAACACUGCGACUGCGAGUGUCGGCAACAGCUUGCCGAGCACACCCGCCCCUGCCCUGACCACGGCGGACCGACCGCUCUCAAAUAAAUGCCAGCACUGUGAUAUUCACUUUCUGGAUAACAUCCUCUACACCAUUCACAUGGGCUGCCAUGGCUACGAACAUCCAUUCCAGUGCAACAUCUGUGGUCACAUGUGCAUCGACAGAUACAACUUCUCGUGCCAUUUUGCUCGCGGACAACAUAUAAAGUGAUGUAUACAGUGUCUUUGCUCAUUGUGUUUUCAACAUUGCUCGUACAGCAUCGAAACAUGGUGACACUGAAUUACAUUUCAUAUUAUUAUUUAGUGCAGCUUACUAUUCCCUUUUAGGUUUAUGAAUACAAUGGUGUUACCGUAUUGCAGUUAUUUAUGAGCUUUUCAAAUUGGUUUUGGAUUGAUUAAUACAAAUGGACGAAACAACAGAAACAUCUUGAAUUCUUCCUUCUAUGCCAAUGCAGUGUCUUGUAUUUGACAUAUCGGAUCCACAAGACAUUUAAAUACAUCACCAGCUCUGUAUUCAUUGUGGGACUGUUUUACUGUAAAUUGUUUUCCAUCAGCUGUACAUAUGAGGCUAACUAUACACCAAUGUCUUCAUCUCAGAGUCCAGCCAAUUUGGCUGAACACAUUCCGUUGUGAGAAAAGUUUAACUGCUUAAUUGGUUAUUUUUCUCUUUAAAAAUGUUUGUCUAGCCACUCAUAAUCCUGCUUGCUGUUCUGAUAUUUAUUUAUGCCAUACUCCUAGAAACAAUUUUUAUAUUUACACGCUGUGAGUAGACACUUCUGUGUGUAGCAAAGGUUGAAACACUGACUUGUGACUAAGAUGUAAACUAAUGUUAAUUAUUUGAAUUAAUAGCUUUUGAUUUGUGUAAACCUUGAUCUAAAGCAAAUAUGUAUUGUUUGUAUGUGAUUAUCUUAUAGACAGAAAAUUAUGAAGUAUAUCAUUUGUAUUGACACCAUAUUAGCAGAGACUGUCGUUCACGAUUGUGUCCCAGUAUGUUCAUUUUAAAAGUUUAGCUUUAAAAAAAAUAUUUCUUUCAAGAUUUUAAGUACAAGAUAAAAUAUUAGUAUACAUCAUUUUAUUUCUUUGCUACAAUGACCAGGAAAAAGUAAAUUUUAUUUACAUUGAAUUAAAUAGUGUCACAUUUUCUUGAAACGUU